AUGGUAUCUGGUGAAACCUUUAUAACUGGAAGAUGUGGAAAAUACAAAUAUUUAGAACAAGAGUUAUACAAAUUAUACAUUAGUCAAUGUAAUAAUAUUAAAGAAUUAUCAUGGAGAACCUCACAACCUAUAUUAUCAUUCCCAGGAGCCUCAACAUGUUUUUCUCAACUUCAUGGUUUGAGUAUUGAAAUUGAUAAAGUUGAUAAUGAUUCACUUUAUAAGAUGGCACAACUUUGUAAAGAUUUGAACGUAUUAAUUAUUCAUGAUUAUUCUCAAGAAAAAAUUUCUGGAUUAAUCUCUUUAAUUGAUGCACAAAGAAAAUUAAAAAGUGUAUCAUUUGAACAUAUUACGAAAGGACCUACUUGUAAAGAAUUAAGUGAAGCAUUAGCAAGGAAAGGAAAUACGAUUAAUAAACUUAAUUUACGCUCAGUUAGAAUUAUUCCACCUUCAUUCUUAACAUCACUAACUAAUCUAAAAAAAAUAACAAUUUAUAGUGAUUAUGAUAGUGAUGAAGAUACUAAAGAAGAAUUUCAAAAUUAUCUUGCAAUUUCAGAAUUUCCUGAACUUCAAAUUCUUUGUCUUAAUGGAUUAUCAUGUUUUAAAGAAUCUGCAACUUUAGUUGAAAAAACAAAAGGAAAUAUUUCACAAGUUAAUAUUUAUACUUUUGAUAAUGUUGCUGAAAAUACAGGAUUGUUGAUUAAAGCAAUAGCUAAUAAUUGUCCAAAUAUUGAACAAUUAUCAACAUAUCUUGUACCUGAAGAUUUCGAUUAUGUUAAAUCAUUGUUAUUAAAUUGUAAAAAUCUAAUAUAUUUAGGAUUAAAUAGUUUAGAUUAUUCUAUGGGUAUGAAUGAUGAAAAUGAUAAUAUAGGUGAUAAUUUAUUAGAUAUAUUAACAAAUUUUUCACCAAAAUCUUUAACUAAAAUAGUAAUAGGUGCAGAAAUACAAUAUGGAUACAAAUGUAUGCAAAGAAAUUAUGCUACGAGUAAGAUGGAUCCCAAAUAUUUAUUAAAUUAGAGUGAUAUCAUUAUUAUUUUUGUAUUGUUUUAUUUAGAAUUAUUUAAACACUAAGACUAUAGUAGCAAUAUUUGCAAAUUUUCUUAGUUUGUAAUUUAUAUAAUUCAUUUUAUUUAUUUAUAAACUUGUAUACAAUAUAUAGAAUAUGAAUA